AUGUUCAGCAUCUUAGAGACUGCCGAUAAGCCCGUACGCUCGCCGAAUGGUCAGACUUACACCAUCGUGUUGAAUGCCUUGAGAGAACAGUCCGCCAAACCCCGGCUGCCAGGCGGAGUAGAUGACGAUGAGAUCGUCAAGCGAAAUAGACUACAAGCCGUUUCGCGGGCCAAAGUCGUUUGGGAUGAAGUCACUAGUCGUUGGAGAAAGGGUCAGAUCAUCAUCGACGAGGAGCUUGCUUGCGCUAUGGGACGUGUGCUCCUGAAUGGGGACCAUCGUGACCUCGACAGCAUCUUGUCUCUCGUGGAGCAGACUAUGAACAUUUCCCGUAUCGACAAGGAUCAGAUUGUGCCUCAGCAGACGGGGAAGAAACUUCAAGAUAACACAUACGGUUACGUUGUGCCAGGGCGCAAUGCUCUCUCGCUUGUCAUGAAGGCACUUGCACGGCUCAGGCGAUCAAACCUAGCGCCGAAGUACUGGCAGGUCUUCACGGAAGAUUACAGAAUUAUACCAGAUGCAGAUAAUUGGUUCAGCUAUCUAGGGGUAUGCGCGAAGGCAGGGGCAAGCGCGAAAGCUGCGGAAAUCAUCCAAAUGAUGCCUAUGGAACUGCUGACGCCCAAGACAUACCGCUUGGCUUUCAAGGUCUGCGUCAAGGAUAACCUCAAUGUGCACGCUUUCGAUAAUGCCAACAUGAUAUUUGAUGGAAUGGCACGGACGCUCAAGUCUCCGGACUGCGAGUCUUUGAAGCUUUAUCUUCAAGCUGCCCUGGGCAAUCAUAGAAAGUUUAAACUGCUAGAGGAGACGGGCGACCCUUCAGGUUCCAAGUUUGCCAGAGGCGAACAAAUUGUGCAAGCCCUGGACCGUCUGUGGGAGCCCCUGAAAUUGGCCCAGAAUGCUCUGGCUUAUCCGGAUAUCAACACACGGUCCCCGGAAGAGGAGUGGGCGAGGACGUACGACGACCGAGCACAGCUCAUUGGUCUCAGCAGAAUGAUUGUUGCUGCAAUCGACAAGCUGUUGAGCGAGGGAAUGGUCAGCCCGGAACUGAUAAAGGUCUUGAAGACGCGGCGCAACAUCCUGAAUCGCCAGGUCGCUAGACAUUACGAGAAGUAUCAUGCCAUGAAGGGCAAGAGUAAGGGUAAGGAAGAGCAAAAGCCAGCCAAGGAUGGUGACCAGGCAUGGUAG